UUCACAUAUUUACACUUCGUCUCCACAGCUUAUUGGAUGCUGGCUUGUCUGGUGACUAAAAUAUAAGCUUGCAGGGUCCGAAGUGCGCGAUGUUGCUCGUAAAUCAGUCCAGACUCAAUGGUUUCUUUUUCCAUUAAUCAAGGAUCUAGUGGCUCUUGACCCUCAUUGAAUCUCCAUUCUCACGAAGCUGUGUUCAGCCUUUAACAAUAUGCUGAGGAGGCUACAAAAGGACGUUCUGUUUUUCACAGCCUUUCCGUUCCCGUCGAUUAUAACACUAAAUCGUCUAAGUCUCGGGAAGGAAAGAUUUUAAGCUAAGGUAUAUAAAGAAAAGACAAGAUUUAUCUUUCCCGGUUGACAUUCAUCUCUCACCUCUCAUUGUCCCAAGCAUGUCAGAAACAGAAGAUCUCGAACUGCGCGACAGGUCUGUCAAGUCGGUCAAAUCUAAUUCGGCUGCAUCCGUUAUCGUUCCUACUUUGAAUCCCGGACAUGAUGCCGAGUCAGCAGCUUCCGCUCUUCCGCCUGUAGACGGCGGCUGGAGGGCAUGGUCAUUCUUGGUGGCCGCGACUGUCAUUGUCAUGCUCAUAUGGGGGCUGCCAUAUUCUAUUGGUGUUUUACAUGUGUACUGGACGGAUACGCUCAUUAAGGGUGAAGGUGCUUCAACUCUGACUCUGGCUGCGACGCUGCAGAACGGCUUGUUGUACAUGGCGACAGCUCUUUCGGGCCCCCUGUUCACUGCAUUUCCAAGAUGGCAAAGGGCUUUACAGUAUUGCGGUCUAUUUGCUGCUGUGAUCACUUUCAUCAGUAGUGCGUUUGCGACAGAGCCGUGGCACAUUCUCGUUGCCUUCGGCCUUAUCUAUCCUCUUUCUGGAAUCUGUUACCUCCCAUGUAAUACCCUUCUCUUUGAGUACUUCUUCUCUCUUCGAGGUAUCGCAACAGGUGUUGUUUUUGGCGGUACUGGUCUCGGAGGUGCAUCAAUCCCAUUCCUCAUGAAUGGUCUUCUCAACAAAAUUGGAUAUAAAGCAACGAUGAUUUCAUUCGGUCUUGGGUACCUCGUCAUCGGUUCCAUUGCCAUCGUAUUUAUUCGACCUCGUAUCCCUGUCUCUCGCCAGCAGACGAUGGAGAAAAGGAAGCCUGUUAAUUGGUCAUUCAUGAAGAGUACUCCUCUGAUCAUCGGAACUAUCACUAUCUUCUUGAUCAGCCUUGGUAACUUCAUUCCUAGCUUAUGGCUUCCCGCGUACGCCUCUUCGCUCAACCUCACGCAUCCUUCAGGAACAGGUCUCAUCGCCAUUCUAAAUGCUGCUUCAGUCCCAGGAAACACUCUCCUUGGCUAUCUUUCAGAUCACAUGCCUGUCCGAACAGUCAUCGUCAUCUCAUGUGUUGGUAGUGGCCUUUCUUGUGCCUUCCUUUGGGGAUUUGGUAGCACCGAUGGGGUGUUGAUUUUGUUUGCGUUGAUUUUUGGUUUGCUCGGACCUAGCUUUUCGGCAAUCUGGACGCAGAUGAUUGGCCUCAUUUGUAAGGACGACCUGAUUUCCCCUCCUCUUGUUGUUUCGCUUUUCACCUUUGUUCGAGGGGUUGGGAGCUUAAUGAGUGGCCCAAUCUCCCAAGCACUGUUGAAGAUAAAUAACCUUAACGGGAGCAUUGGAGCUUACGGAUUCAGCAACUAUGGAGUCCUCUUGAUCUACGCGUCCGUUACAAUCUUGAGCGGUGGUGCUACGGGUUAUCUGUUCAAAUCGUCAUAAAUUAUCUUCAUUCCCUUAGAUCUGUUGUAAAACUAGUUUGUUGCUUAAGAGAGAAAGAGAGAACCGGGAAACA